AUGGAACUGACCACUCCGCCAAACAAGCAUAUCCGCAUUCUAGAAGUCGAGGUAUCAUCCCCCAUCACCUCUGGUCAGUCGUAUUACUUCAAAGUAGGCGAAAUCCCCGUACGUGCAGCCUGGAUGAGAAGAGACUUCAACAACGGCACCAAGACGUCCAAGUACACUGCAGUACUGUUCGCUCUCGUCGAUGCGGAAGCCCCUAGUGAACUAGAAGUCCGCGGACCUUAUGUCAUACCACUCACCCCUGCGAUCGCUACAGACCAAACUCUCGAUAUCAUCACCAUGGAUAGCGGUGUGGUAGAAGCCUACCAGAUUCUUGCAUGGCGGGGUGAGCUUACCAAACACAAGGAGAGUACGUCGCUCUUGUGGUUGAAUGAGAGCCUGGACGUGUUGAGGGCCUCAUUCGCCCACGCUGGCUUCGGUAGUCAUGCCGGCAUGCAGAUAAUCUGCUAUGGCAGAAGUUACCAGUAUUUCCGCGACAAUGAGAAAAUCAGAGUGACACACGACCUCGCACCCGUAAACGGAAAUCUACCGAAACGGAAGGGCGACCAGGGUCUUGCCGAUGCCUUGGAUGAGGCCAUGCGUUCCGGUAUCAUAAGAUUGUCUGCUGAAUCGAACAUCGAAGACGUGCUCCGGGAGUCUUACGCAGCGGUUGGAGAAAACCUGAGAUCCUUCGGCCUGCGUCCCAAGCGGCUCGACUUUGACGGGAAGCCCAUCGAAAGUCUUGACGUAUGA